AGACCCCGCCCUCCAGGGAAACCACAGCUCCCCAGAGGACCCGCGGGGCGGCUGAGCGACGCGAGGCCCUGGCUCGGACGCCAUGGACGCCUUCACGCGCUUCACUAACCAGACCCAGGGUCGGGACCGACUUUUCAGAGCUACUCAGUAUGCAUGCAUGUUGCUUAGAUAUUUGUUAGAGCCUAAAGCUGGCAGAGAGAAGGUGGUAAUGAAGCUCAAGGAACUGGAGUCCAGUGUGAGCACUGGCCGGAAGUGGUUUAGACUGGGCAACGUGGUCCAUGCCAUGCAGGCAACCGAACAGAGCAUCCGAGCCACUGACCCGGUGCCUCGCCUGUGCCUCACCUUAGCCAACCUGAACCGCGUGGUUUACUUCAUCUGUGACACGGUCCUCUGGGCGAAGAGCGUGGGCCUCACCUCCCGCAUCAACAGAGAGCGGUGGCAGCUUUGGGGCGCCCGCCACUACUACUGCUUCCUCCUGCUGAGCCUGCUUCGGGAUGUGUACGAGAUCGCACUGCAGAUGGCGCGCGCUGCGGACCACAGGGCCAGAAGAGAGAGGUCCUCCCAGGAUGCACUUGGGUGGCAGGUGGGGGAUGAGGUAAGCGAGGACUGGCUCCAGUCCUCCCUCCUCCUCCUCUUCCAGUCUCUGAAGCGGCACCCUCCCCUGCUCCUGGACACGGUGAAGAACUUCUGCGACAUCCUCAUCCCCCUCAACCAGCUGGGCAUCUACAAGUCCAACCCUGGCGUCAUUGGGCUGGGAGGCCUGGUGUCCUCGGUAGCGGGCAUUAUCACCAUUGCGUACCCUCAGAUGAAGCUGAAGACGCGCUAGGCGGGUCCAGCCCCUGGCUGUGCAGAUGACCUACAUCUGGCAGCAUGGGCAUUUGUGUUAGCCACCAACCAUGUUGUACUCUGCUUAGGCUUUUUUUUUUUCUCUUUGAUCAGUCAUGGGGCUUGAACUCAGGGCCUGGGCACUGUCCCUGAGCUUUUUCACUCAAGGCUAGUGCUCUACCACUUCGAGCUACAGC